GUGCGUGGGUGACGAAGGCAUUGAAGUGAUCAACCCGACCACUGGCAAGACGGAGAAAGAGGGCGUGUCCAAACUGAGCAAGCAGGCAAUGUUCGGGGAGUUCCUGGCACUCUACGGCAAACUUCCCGCCCUCACCUCACAGGGCGUUCUGGGACCACCCAGACUGUACUCGGAGGCCAAGGCGGCCGUCAUCGACUACCAGCUAACCAAACAGGCGCUGUUCACAGCCUUCCAGGAGGGGAACCUGGGCCACUGGGUGAAGAAACCUCACGAGUACGACGAGUUCUCUGUUGCCGAAGUCUAAGACAGUCGGAAAUGUUUUCCAUUAUUGAAAGUUUUUUUAUAACAACUCCCCCUCCCCCUCCCCCCCCCCCUCCACCAUGACAUACACCAUUAAGCAUACAUGCACACACACAUAUAUACACACAUGCACAUGCUCAACAGGUCACAUUAUUUGCUUAGUUUUCAACAACACCCCCCCCCCCCUCCAACCAAUCCCUAACAACCUACUCUUACCCCACCCCUCUGUGCCCCCUCUUUAAAUAAAUAAAGUAAAGGCGUUUGCCCAUGCAAUUUCACAUACAUACAUAC